AUGGCCACCACUGCUGUGUAUGUCAGUGGAAAGCGCACCCAGCAGCACGAUCAUCGAUCUCUUGUCGCUGCAGAUGUCACGGUAUCGUCGAUUGAAAAUGACCGUUCCGAAAAUAUCCGUUUCCCUCGUGUCAAGCAAGAGGAAGCCGAUCCCGGUCGCCCACCACGCAUCAAACAGGAACUUGAGGACGAUGACGAGGGCGACAAUUGGCUGGAUGCUGAUGAAGACGUUCUUCAUGCUCGGCUUCGCAAGCGGGGCCUGAAACUGGAGGAUAUCCCGCUGUUUUGA